ACUUGUUUGGUUGGCUGCGAGUUUCUGCCUUUCCUGGUACCACCGGAGACCCUCGCACCGGACAGGACGGGACCACACGGUGUCGUGUUGAUCCCGCUUGCUGUCAGGUAGCGUGAGUCGGUGAGGUGACGUCGAGGCUGCGUCCGGUUUCUGUGGUUGUUUCGUGCGAGAACAGCCGUGCUGGUUGCUGUGUUGCUCCACACUGCUGCUGCUCUGGUAGUGAAAUGUGAGGUCGGAUAUGUUCGUCAGGGCUGGAUGAGAGGAGAGAGAAAAGGGGAGGCACCUGGAGCAGGUCACAGCCUACCACGGUGUCAAGUUUUACGUUAAUCACGUCUGCGGUAACAGUUUCAGACAUAUUAGUGCAGAGGAGAGGAGAGGAGAGGAGUCCUCAUCAUCAUCAUCAUCAGGAUCAGCUCAGAGUGACUGCGUGUUGUUGUCACGGACUUAACGUGUGAAGGUGAGCUGUGACUGCCCCCCCCUUCUUUCUCUCUCCGUGCACCUGCAUGUACCGUGGGCAGCCCCGGCCUGUCGGAGAGGCGCCGUGCUCAGAGACUGUGCUGUACUAGGAGAACCCAUGGCUUCUGGCCCUCCGUGUCCCUCCGUAGGCCGCAGGCUCAGGCUGCUGGAGUUGCUACUUGUGCCCCUGUUGGUCUUGCUGGUUUCUGGGUUGGAACCAGCACUGGGUCAGAAGGUCUACACCCACACAUGGGCUGUCAACAUACCUGGAGGUCAGGAGGAAGCUGAUCGAAUUGCCAAUAAACAUGGGUUCCUCAACUACGGACAUGUAUUUGGUGAUUAUUAUCACUUUCGACAUCGUACAGUGGUGAAGAGGUCGCUGUCAGGUCACAGGGGGACACAAGUUCGUCUUCAAAGCGAUCCCAAGGUGACUUGGGCCGAGCAACAAGUGUCGAAAAGGAGGAAAAAGAGGGAUGUCUACGUAGAACCGAUAGAUCCCAAGUUCAGAGACCAGUGGUACCUUUACAACGUCAACCACCGUGACCUGAAUGCCAAAUCUGCAUGGCAGUUGGGCUACACAGGUAAAGGGGUGGUGGUGUCCAUUUUGGAUGACGGAAUAGAGAAGAACCAUCCGGACUUGAUGCAGAACUACGACCCGGAUGCCAGCUACGAUGUGAAUGACGGCGACCCAGAUCCUCAGCCUCGAUACACGCAGCUUAAUGACAACAGGCAUGGAACACGAUGUGCAGGAGAGGUGGCCGCAGUAGCCAACAAUGGGAUCUGUGGAGUCGGAGUGGCCUACAAUGCCAAGAUCGGAGGUGUGCGUAUGUUGGACGGCGAGGUGACUGACAUGGUGGAGGCCCAGUCCCUCAGUCUGAACCCCCAACACAUCGACGUCUACAGCGCCAGCUGGGGCCCGGAGGAUGACGGCAAAACUGUCGACGGACCUGCCAAACUCGCCAAAGAAGCUUUUCUGCGUGGAGUUACAGAGGGUCGUGGUGGUUUGGGCUCCAUCUUUGUGUGGGCUUCUGGGAACGGAGGGAGAGAGAAGGACAGCUGCAACUGCGACGGCUACACCAACAGCAUCUACACCCUGUCCAUUAGCAGCUCCACCCAGAACGGCAACGUCCCCUGGUACAGCGAGGCGUGCUCCUCCACCCUCGCCACCACCUACAGCUCGGGGAACCUCAACGAGAAACAGAUAGUGACUACAGACCUCAAAUCAAAAUGCACAGACUCCCACACAGGGACCUCUGCCUCCGCCCCGCUGGCUGCUGGGAUCAUCGCUCUUGCCCUUGAGGCCAAUAAAAAUCUGACCUGGAGGGACAUGCAACAUCUGGUUGUUCGAACUUCUCACCCUGCCCACCUGCUCACCAACGACUGGAGAACCAAUGGGGUUGGACGCAAAGUUAGCCAUUCAUACGGAUACGGUCUACUUGAUGCCAGUGCAAUUGUAGCGCUGGCAGAAACAUGGACCAGUGUGAGGCCACAGCGGAAAUGUGUGAUCACCAUGGUCUGUGAGCCAAGGAACAUUGGCAGCCAUUUGUCGAUAAACAUGAGCGUGGACGCCUGCUUUGGGUCAGACACUCACGUGACCUCAUUAGAGCACGUCCAGGCCCGGCUCACCCUGUCCUACAACCGCAGGGGAAACCUGGCGAUCCACCUCAUUAGUCCUGCCGGCACACGCUCCACUCUGCUCCAUCCCAGGAUUCAUGACUACUCAUCAGAGGGUUUUAACGACUGGGCUUUCAUGACCACCCACUCCUGGGACGAGGAGCCCAGCGGGGCGUGGACGCUGGAGAUCGAGAACGUGGCUGGUGCCAGUGACUAUGGCACUCUGACCCAGUUCAUCCUGGUGCUGUAUGGCACCGGCUCAGAGUCUUCCAGCUCCUCUGACAGGGCUCAGCCUGCCAAUGGCAACUGUAAAACCUUGGACCUGAGGCAGAUAUGCAUCGAGUGCGACAGCGGCUACUACCUCUUCCAACAGGGCUGUGUGAAGGAAUGUCCGUCAGGCUUCUCCGUGGGCUCCCAGCCCCUCAACUACACAGUGGGAAACUCUAUAGCACCAGCUUCCGUCCCAGCCUGCCUGGCCUGCCCACCGCCCUGCCUGACCUGCAGCAGCCUGAGCUCGCAGGCCUGCCUGUCCUGCCCACCCCACAGCUCCCUGGACCCCAUCUCUGGCACCUGCCUGCACCUCAACCAGUACAUGCGCGAGUCCCCCGGCAGCUUCAUGGUGGGCCAUGGGAACCCGGGAACACAGCUCCAGCUCAGCUCCCGGCUGCCCAUCACCGUCGCCGUGCUCAGCUGCAUGGCCAUCAUCGCCACCUUCGCCGGCACCUUCCUGCUGCUGCAGCUGCGCUCGGGCGCGCUCAUCAAGCUGCCCUCUAUGGAGGCCGGGGGCGGCCUCGGGGGCAGUUUCAGCCUCGGGGGAAAUAGGGUGGUGUCGUACCGCGGCAUCCCGACAGUGUGGGGGGAUGAUGGGGUAAACACAGACUCGGAUAACGAUGAGUUUGACGUCCAUAAUGAGAGGACUGCCUUUAUCAAAACACAAAGUGCUCUUUAAUGCCUCCCCCACAUCCCUCCCUCUCUCCUGCUUUUAAAGUCUUCUCACCCUCAUUUGUCUGAUAAUUCAGGGCUGCGGUAACGGCCCUCUCACAGUCUUUUUACCUGUCAUCCUUUUUUUCCUGUCUCUAUCUCACCGGGUUCUCAUCUGAGUCCUGCUUCAAGAUCUGCUGUGGGAGACCUGAUGGGAAGCCGCUGCCUCUCAGAGCUCGGGAUGGCCCGAGCUCUGCUCUCUUCAUACUUGGGCGCUUUUCUAUUAAACCGGCUCUCUCCCUCCUCUUGCCCUCUAGUCGCUAACAGUGUCUGUCUGUGCAGAGUCCAUUUCCCCCUCCAGCUCCAGCUCCUUUUGUUACAGCAAACAAAUGAUUAUUAUUUUGCUUCUUCCUACUCCCCCCCCCCUCCCCUCCCCCUCUUUCCAUCAGUCUCAGUGCAGUAGCCAGACGAGAUUGUUGAAUGUGAGGAGUAGAGAUGUGCGUAUGAGUCUGUGUGAAUGUGAGCGUGUAAAUCUGAUGAACCGUGUACUGCCCUUUAUAGAGACGCUAAAGCCGGUCCUGUCACAUUUAGUACUUUAACUUAGAAGUGAUAACAAAAAGCUGCAUUAUGAGGCGUGAAAUCGGAUUUGGAAACAUUGAUUCUCUCUGAAGUGUCGUUUAGUGACAUCAACGUCCAAAAAUCUGUUCAUAAAAGCACCACUUAUCUGUAGCGAGACACAGUGCGUUUUAAAAAAAGCAUAAUAGUUGUCAAGGACAGACUUUAAUAGUUUAUAAUCAUGUGUCAUUAGUCAGAUAAACAAAACAGACCGUCUGAGAGCCGCUCUGUUAUCUCUUUAUGAUGAGACAAGUUGUAUUUACUUUAAUCAAAAUCCAUCUUCCACACUUUGUUACCAGUAUGGUUAUUGUUCUAGGUGUGAGGGGGGCUUUAGUUCUCCUACUCUACACACAGUCUGGAAAGAUCUCUCUCAGCUCUGUGAGUCACACAACUAACAAAACUUCCUCCAGACUUUUGGGAUUCAAGAUGGACUCAAUUUAUCCCAAAUUAGAAACUAUGAAUUCUCCUGCGCUCAUCACCUCCCCAACCAUCACAUGGAAGGGUAUCAAAAAAAUACGAGAAAUGAAAAAAAAAAAAGAAACACACACAGGCUACUCGAUCAACCCUGAGGCACAAUCCCUUCCAGGGAUAUUUAAUUUCUGUGUUUGAUGUGCACACAUCCCGGAGCCGAGAGAGAAGCAGCCGAGGUGCUGAAGGGACCCAGAACAAUAUGUGACUGUUGAGCACAAGAGCUUCUCAAAAAGCAGCUGGCAGAUGUUGAGUUACCUGUGAUUGAUUCCUUGACAGAGCAGACGCAGUUAACAAUACAUCAAGGCUUUCCCUUUUGUCAGAGCACAUUAGCACUACAAACGUACAUUAGACACACCUCACAUCACAAGGACUGAAACUUUGUUAACGUGUGCAUGUGUUUGUGUGUGCGAGCCCUCUGAAGUGAAGGUUUCCUUUCCUCCUUUCGCCUCACAGCCUCCGCUCUCUUCUUCAAAUCUUGAAUGCUGUUUAGGUCGAGACUCCACACCUCACCAGUGUCUCUGCGCUCACCCUCCAGUCGUCAUCUAAUCUGAAUUUCAGAUUAUCUCUUCAGCGUACUUGCCAAUUAAUUAUACUCUGAAUGAUACUGCAGCGACUAUUUAUUCUGAGAGAUUUUAAUCAUACCUUUAGGGAAGAUGGUUUUUAAAGAGAUUCUUUUUCUCCCGGGCUGGUUAUCAUCUAAAAUGUGCAUCUCAUGAUUUAACCCAGUGUAGCCAUUCUGAAUUUCUCUUUUUCUAUGAUGUUGAAAUUAUGAUUUUUUUUUUCCAUUUCCAGUACAAAAACGUUGGAGCUGCCAGAGAGAGGUUGUCAUGGUGAUGACAUGCAUACAAAACUGCAGCUGCUCGUCCUUUAUUUUUUUUUUUUAUCUACCUCUCAUAUCAUCCAGCAAGGUUUCGUACGCCGUUAGAGGAGCUGUUAAAUAAUUAUAGAGGUCAAAUUAUAUGUAGAUCGGAUAUGAAAACGCUUGUCGGGAAAGAUUUAAGAGGUUGUAAGUCAAAGUUAUGAUUUAGAAGAGAAACAAGCAAUUGUGAUUCAGAAACUGUAAAGCUGCUGUGUAGAUGCUAGUCUGCUAAAUCUCCUAUCUCUCCUAAAAUGUAUUGCCUUUAGGAUCAGCAUUCAUGGGCGGUCACACCUGGGUUUUAAAACCCGUUAUUGAAAAUAGAAGGAUGUCCGUAGAUGUCGUUGGCCAGCGUUUUAAGUGCUAAAUCAACUUGAAAUUGUUAGGGGUGUUUCUACAGGGGUGAAGAUGUUUUUGUUCAUACGUUUAUGUCACUGACAAUCAAAUAAUUUCUUUGUGUUGAAGGCGAGAAGGUGCACGAGCACACAAAACUAAUCGAUUUUAAUUUAACCACUGUUAGAAAAGCUUUCUCAGAAGGUAUUAUCCAUAAAUAUUCAGAGCUGAAUGUGAUUUAAAUUGAAAAAGUGUGUUCAGAGAGAGUAAAAAAAA